AUGAAUGCAGGAUGGGCUCUGUCAGCUUUUGGAGAAAAGCGAAAUCUGGUGCGGACGGCAGAGGGUGCUCGUGACGCAAGCAACAUGCCUCACGCCGUACCUGAGAUCCCAGAGCUUGGCAGCCCUGGUCGUGACGGGCUAGGUUGUCGUUACUGCAACAUCGUGUUGGCUGGAACAUUUGCGGCAACCUCCAUGGCCAGGCACCUGAAGACAAGUCACGAAGAUCGCUUGCAGUCCACAAUAGAAGGAGAGUCGACAUAUCUGGGACACUAUGACACGGACGUGCCUUAUCAGAAGAUGUUCCGAAGCGGCGCGGGCUCGAGGCCGUUCCGCGUUAUUCUAUCCACUGGUGCAGGUCGCAGCAAUGCAUCUACGACGCCAGCGUGCGUGUCGCCCGAUACAGAGGAACGUACAGCUAACGAGUGGUUGCGACGGGACUCGUGGUCGCGGUACCACUCGGACAUGUCUCCGGACGCCGUUCGUGCCCUCAGUGAUCCUCCAGGAAUAAGCGAGACGCAGCUCUCCAAGGCUGUAAACCUGUCGGUGGGUGUUAUGCCGUGGCUGUUUGCCCGUGUUUCGCUAGACGAAGACUUGGCAUCCGCGUGCAGCCUCGCUGCAGAGCACGCCGAUGCCGAGUGCUUCCCGGCCAGCUGGCGGUCGCCAACAUCGAAAACCCAGCACAUGCACGCUCAGCUGCUGGGGCAUCUCGUGCUUCAUUUUGGGCGCAAGGUGAGGCUAGGGGAGGGGAAACGUGGGCGCUGGCAACCAACGGCGUUGCAGACUGAAGCGUUCACGAGGCUGCUACAGCAGGCAUCUACUAUCGGGGCUACGGAGGAAGGGUGCCUCCUACACGCGCACAGUCUCGAUGAUCCAGUGACGAGGGCGAUUGUCGAGUUGACCGUGGCUUCCAUGAGCCAGGAGUUGCCUGAAGGCGAGCCACUGUCGGUCGUUCACUCUACCCUCGCCACCUUGGCAUUGGGCAGUAACGACGAAGUUUGGAAGCCUGGACUUUCUCUGGUGCCCCUGAUUGCAGGUUUCCUCUCCAUCGGCCGCCUUGCGAUCCUGACGUACCGCGAUAUGGUAGACGACACUCACAAGCACAGCCUCGCCGACGUCGACUAUUGCUGUUCACCAAACGCAAUGCAGCAGGGCGUCGGUGCUGGUACGACGAUGCGGUGGCUGGAGGAUGUCACCAACGAUGACGGACGGGCUGCUGUGGACUACUGCGAGCCCUCCUCCGAGCUGCAUUGGGAAGGCGAAACUGUAUUUGUCGACGGCAGGCCCUUUUCUGGGCGUUGUAUACGGAGUAUGGCGCAAGCGCUCGUGGAUCGGGUGGAACAGGCGAUGGCCGACCUCCUGCAACUGUCAGGCCCACAAUGUCUUCGACCUGGAUCGGAUAGAUGUACUUGCACCUCCUGCGACCUUCCACCGAUCCCCUGGGAUGACAUAGUGGACGACAGCAACGACGAAUCUCCCCAAGACAGUACAUUCAUAGACCACUCCGAAUGGAGAAGGCAAGGGUGUGGACUUCGUGCGCAACGUGACUGGUUAUCGCGUAGGAUAUCCAACGACCACACGUUGCGGGAGCGGUGGUAUGGAGGAGCCGGUGUGGCGUACUGUCUGCUGUCUAUUCGCAGCUACGCAGCCUUGAUUGACGCUUUCCUCUGCCAACUCGUGGCCUGCUUUUACUUCCUUGGAGGGCCGCCGCCGGACCCGGAAGAGCUGGCGUCCUGCCGCUGGCGAGACGGUCCCCAUGUCGCGCGUAAUAUCGAAGUUCGCGACGGUCUCGUCUACCUGCUCCUCGACGAAGGCUACGAGUACGAGACCUCACCGAGGGCCAGAGUCUUACCCCCGAGGGUAGCUUGUUGCUUGGUAUGGUACAUUUGGCUUGUCGUCCCAUUCGAGGAAGAAUUGGCAGCGUCUCUUGGCGACACUGCUCGCAGCAGCCCCUUCCUCUUUACGCAUUCACGACUGUCGGGUCUCGGCAGCGACAACAGAGACGAGCUCCUGUCACCUAGCGGCAGGGGGUCGCAUGGAGGGGCGGGCAAUCCAUGUGAAGGCAAAAACCACGAUGGGCGCGUGUUGUGUUGCCCUUGCGUACCGAGCGCUCGACCGGUUGCGACAGGCAUGUGCUCGUGGAAGUAUCCCGAUCCUUACAUCGAGGUUGAGGAUUUCCCCAUGGCCUCUUCGACUUCGGCCGUGGCUUCACCAGCCCACGGGGAUGGAGAUCUGGCGAUCGAUGUUGCCCUCGGUAAACUGAUAAACGUCAAGGCACUAUCGAGUUCGUCGCUACUAAUGCAUGGGCAGCAAACUCUUGCCGACUACCACGGCGUUUGGAAAGGGAACGAUAUCCGGAGACUCGUGGCCCAUGUACUGUCCCGUCACAUAUACCCACGAACGGGAGUACGGUGCUGGAAGCUUGUGGCGAACGCCAUGGCGAGUCGCUUCCUUGGCCGACACGGUGCUGGAGCCUCGCCACCGCAAACAUGGCUUGAGAUUGGCAGCUGCGGACUCUCCGGCGUAAAGUACUGUCGGUGGAGACACGGUGGGCGCUCCCUCCUCGGUACUCGAAUUGUGUCCCUCCUGGACGACUGCCACCGAUGGCACGUCCUGCUCGGCGUGUGUCGUGUUGGGGCGGAGGGGCAUCUCCCCUGCAGCCUUGAUGAAGCGCCUGAGGGCGACGGGGAGUACCGCAUGGGUGGUGGCGGAGACGUACUUCGCACAGAGGAUGCUUGGCCUACUUGUCCUGGCCGACCUGUUGAGGGGUAUAGACCACUGCGCUUCCUCCCAGAACCCGUCGGGUCUGGACAGAUCGACGAUGCGUAUGCACACUCGCAGCUCACGAACGAGACGGCGGACAGCUCGACAGCGCUAGACAAUACGGUCGCAAGGGCAUCGUCCCCCUCGAGAGGCGACCCGCGCACUAUCGCUACGGAAGGGCCUCUGUACUCCCCCAGGACGAUGUGGGAAGCUUUGUCACCUGUUGCCGAAGCAGCUGAGUCAUACUCAUACAUCGAGGACCUGUUGGCGGUGCCUGACCCAGCAUCGUCGUUCGCCUCGGCGGACGACGAUCUAAUACAACAGAGGCUCGAGGAUGUGCCUCCACGGCGAGACUCAACCAUGGCUUCAUCAACUAGACCCAGCACGGAACCUCCAGUCGCUCUGGCUGGCGACGCAGAGAAGCCCCAAGACCUGGACCUGCCCAACGAACCGAGUCCCGUUGAUUGUGUCGACCUCCCCAGUAUGCCUUGCUUCAGAGAGGGUCGGGGGACCAAAAGGCCACGUCCAGAAACACCCGAUGGGAGUCAGCCGCAGCCCCGUUCUAAGCCAUCAAGGUCAACAGGUGAACAGAAGAAACAUAAAGACCUGACGGCAGGAUCGCCUAGCGAGGCGGAACGAACCUGCAUAUUCUUAGAUUCGAGUUGUUGGGAUCGCAGCGGUGGCGCCAAUCACCACUGCGGCAGCCAGAACUUCGAUAUCAUCGAUGCCAUCGGCUCCAGGAACUGCAAUACGACGGAUGGUCUUCUCUUCGUGAUCAAUCUUCUGGUGGUUCAUGGGUCGAAUAUUUGUUUGGUUUGUGUUGCCCAUGGCCCCGUAGGUGGCUGCACUGCUGCGGUUACUAAGGUUGAAGAGCCAGGCCCUGAGCUAAAUAUUAUAGGUGAUAUCCGUAACAUACUCAACUUUCACUCCAGGAACGAGGUCUCGGCGUUUCCGGAUACAGAGGAUAUUCAAGCCCACCUACGCGCUUCGGAAAGAGCAGCCAUCGACAGGUUCCAUGGAUCAGUCGCCACGCUGGGCGAAUCACAGCCCAGGACGCAGCCGCUAGCUGACACAUUGCCGUUUGUCAUUUCCCCACAGAUCGAAACGUCAUACUGGAAAUUCCGCAUCAAGACCGGCCAGUUAGGUAAAAGCCUGCCUGACGCGCUACAGUCCCUGUCAAAAUCACGCGCAUUCCAAGGUCAUGGCCACGCGCCCCCUAUUAAAUUCGACCUAGACACCAUCGAAAAUUGGGUUCGACUAUUUACCAUCGACGAUGACCCGCAACUCACGUACGAAACCCAGACCGGCGUAUUGCCUGGCAGGCAGGGAGCGGAUGCACAAAUAGCAUGCGUCCAGUCUGUCGACAUCGACAACGGCUCCAAAUUUGAGUGGCCGCGCUUGUCAUACGAUCACGACCGACCGACGAUCCACGAGGCUCGCGAAGCCAUCGAGUCUCUUAUCGCGCGAGCGCUCAAGAAUAUAAACACCUCAGCCGUAUCUUUCAGCAGCGGAGCUUACGUGAGACUGCCGACCCCGACUUUUCAGCACCCCGGAGAACGGCUUGCACAGCUUUCGAUUCAGCCGGAGUUCCCCGAUUACACGCAGGUGUAUUUCCACAUCGUGGGCGAGGACGGAGUCACGGGCUUCCAUAUCGAGGAUAAUGGUCUGCGGUCUUUCAACCUGUGCCAUGUUGGCUACAAGGCCUGGGUGAUUAUACCCGACAGCUCGCGGGACGCUUUUGAGCAGUAUGUCAUGCGUAAGCUGGGGCUGCCAGCGAGCAUGAGAAGCCAACUGUGCGACCAAUUCGUGAGGCACCUGGGCGUACUCUGCUCCCCAGCCCAGCUGGAGGAAGCUGCUGUCGAGUACCGAAUCGUGGUGCAAGGCCCCGGCGAGUUUGUCACCACAACCCCGUUGGAGUAUCAUAUGGUGUUGGGCUUGACAUCGUCCAUCGCCACAUCCAACAAUUUCAUAUACCGGGACGAUCCUGACAUCGUGGCAGCGCUGGAGAAUGCUAAGGUGUGCGAGCAAUGUGGGAAUUACCCCCUCAUCCGCGACUACAACGUCAACCACUCAACCAAGCUGGGCAGUCAUACGGCCACCGUCCAGGCGCUCAUUCAACAGCUGGCGAAACCGAUAAGCAAAUGCAGCAUCAACAGCCUGAUUAACCCUAAGCAUACCGAUGGACGCGAGGCUUGCAACCAGGACAGCAGCACUAGCGUCGACAAUAACGAGAGGCAUCUUAGAAUGAAGGGCGACGAGAACAGCGGCAGGGGUGACGCGGUACCUGAUGGACGAGGCGAUAGCGGUAGGAAACGAUCCACGUUGCCGGAAGGGGAGAGCCUGGCUAAGCGCAGAAAGCCUCUGCCACCAGCCUCGCACCAAGCAACCAGGGUGUCGGCGACGGCCGCGAGUGAAGCCACGGAGCGCCAGGAGCGGGCCGCCGUGGCUGCGUCUUCCUCUCUCCGAGCUCUCACUCGACGUAAUAUGCGGCCCCGGACCCGAGAAUCUGCGCGAAUUGAGGUAGAACGGCAUGUGAGGCGCAGAAGCACUGCCGCAUCGCAUACGGCAGCGCAAACGAAACCGUCGCCUGUGCCUUCAGAUUCGCCACGCGACCGACAGACCAGUGCGCGAGAGUUACGAAGUCCUUCAACGUCGGGUACAGACGCCAACAGUGGCAGCGGUGGUGAAGAGAGCGAUACCACACCGGCUACGUCUCCCGACAGUACGACGUCCUGUACAGCGUCGUCCAUGCGCCACGAUAAUCUAGCACAGUUCGACGCGUUCUACGAAGCGAAUACAAUCAGUCGGAGCCAGCUCGUGGCCCAGCCAGCACACGACAGAUGCGGACUCGCUGCCGUUCUCUACACCAAGCAACAUCUUGAUGACUUUUUCGCUGCGGUCAAGGACCACCAGAACGACAUGUCGAACGGUGGGGGCAGAAGUGAACUCGAGAAGGGCCUCUCGUCUGCCAACGGUUCGAGUGCUGAAGACCCUGUAACCUGCGCAAUGCGAGACGCCAUUCUCGAGAUGGUAAAGAGUGACCGUUAUCGCAUAGGUAAACAGAGAUCCGAUUAUAAACAGCGUUUCUUUUGUUACGCCGCUCGUCGCCUCUGGGAGGGAGCUCGAUUGACGUCACGUUGGGGUCCGUACAAGGCGCAGGGCGGAGGCCAGAUCAAACUUGACCCCGCCGUGAGGGAAGGACUUAUCCGGCGACUACUCCCAGCGGGUUCCACGCAGGAGGACAAGGCAGUGCUGUCGGGACACAUCGACUCGGUCCUGCUCCAAGGAUCCAAAUGGGAUUCGGUAGCGACAGGCAUAGGCAUGGGUAUCAUUGCUCUCAUACCCCGCCGCCGCAGGGAUUCCCACGUUCUCAACGUUGCUGCCAGAUACUACUACUACGGGCUGCACGGUGAACACUCACUGUCGAGGCUACAGGAAUUCCAGUCUGCCCUCGACACCCCGUACAUGAAGGCACUGCUCGCUGCGGCCAACUCUCUAGCCCAGGCAAUUGUCCAGAAGAGGGAUGUCCGCUUCGCGUUCAAUGAUUAUCGUGGCGAGAAGCCAAUCUCAAGCCUGCCGGAGGCUGAAAUUUGCCGUCUUCUUAAGACACUCCCGCGCAAGGAUUCCGACGGGCGUGACUUGCAGUCCUCGCCUCCACCUGGUGGGAUAGUUGCUGUCGAGCCGGUUGCGAGCACUACCUCUGCCCCAGGAGGCCCCCCAGGUCCUGAAUUAGAUACAUCGAAGUAG